UACCAUACAGGGUACAAUCUUCCAUCACACACACUGAUUUUAAUGGGCAUAAUGGAGGAGAACGUGGGAUUCAUCAUUGUGCUGCUCACUCACGCUGCAGUGGCCUCAGCAGACCCUGAGGUACUUUGCUCAUCGAAGCCAGUAACAGCAGCACUCGGUGAGGAUGCGACUCUGCAGUGCCUCCUUCGUCCCCCUCAGGAUGCGACAAAUAUGACGGUGGAGUGGCAUCAUGAAUAUCUUAACCUCACUGUGCACCUGUAUGAAGACAGGAAAGACAAUCCUGCUGAGCAGAAGGAGCACUCUGAGGGGCGAACUUCUCUCUUUCGUGAGGGGCUGACCAAAGGUAACCUGUCACUGAAACUCUCUGCUGCAGUCCUCUCUGACGCUGGAAGAUACAGAUGCUCCAUUCACACUGACAAACUGCAGAAGAGCUGUUAUGUUACCCUCACUGUUGAUCUGAAAGCUCACCAUAUCAUCAUCAUCAACGCUGUGAUUGCCGUCAUCAUCGUCAUUAUCACAGGCUCCUGGACCCCUCAGUGCUUACAGCUUCAGGCACCCCCAGGCCCAUUGGUGCUUAAAGAGUGA